AUGGAUGAUCUCUAUUCACUUUCUCCUUUUGAACAAAGUGAGGAGCCAAUGAUUCAAUUUCAGAUGGAUCAGAACCCCUAUAUUCUUUGCCAACAAAACACAAUCCAACAAGAUCUUUUCAUAGAUCAUGCUUCACUUGAGAGCAGCAAUCUAGUCGUCACUGAAAACAUUAUAGAAAACACACAGAAAUUAUCUGCCAUUCAAGAGAAUGACAAGAGUACCGAUGAUCAUCAACAGAAAAAACUCAGGCACAGAGAUUCUGAACGAAAAAGAAGGCAACAAACGACAGGUCUUUAUGCUUCUCUUCGGUCACUACUCCCUCUUGAAUAUAUCAAGGGAAAGCGUUCAACAAGCGAUCACACCCAUGAGGCUUUGAAAUAUAUACAACACUUGCAGGAGAAUCUAAAAGAAUUGGGUAUCAAGAGGGACAAGCUCAAGAAGUUCUUCCAUUCAAGUGGCGUUGGCCCCGGAAAUGAUCAUGGGAGCUCAAGUAAUUCUAUGACUAAUAUUAUCAAGGUCAGCUCAUGCCAAGAGGGUGUUGAGAUCAUGAUCCAAAUUGGCCUCAUAGAUGAAGUGUUCCCUCUUUCAAGAGUGCUGCAAGUUCUGCUUGACGAAAGAUUUAGUGUUGUCAGCUGUGUUUCCACCAAGUUAAAUGGGAAAUCAAUUCACUCUAUUCGAUCAGAGGCCAAUGAUCUGACAUAUGUUGAUCAGUCCGUAUUGCAACAAAAACUGCUCGAUGCGAUCAACAAAGAGUCACGUUUCAAGUAA